AUGGCGCUCCCAAAGCGGAUAAUCAAGGAGACGGAGCGUCUGAUGGCCGAGCCCGUGCCCGGCAUCAGCGCCGUCCCGCAUGAGGACAACCUUCGUUACUUCGACGUCAAGAUCCACGGUCCCUCUCAAUCACCCUACGAAGGCGGUGUCUUCAAGCUGGAGCUUUUCCUGCCCGACGACUACCCCAUGACGCCCCCCAAGAUCCGCUUCCUGACCAAGAUCUACCACCCCAACGUUGACAGACUCGGUCGCAUUUGUCUCGAUGUUCUCAAGAACAACUGGUCCCCCGCCCUGCAAAUCCGAACCAUCCUGCUCUCGAUCCAGGCGUUGCUUGGUGCCCCGAACCCGGACGAUCCCCUUGCGGCCGACGUAGCUAAGAGCUGGAAAGAGGAUCCGCAAAAAGCCAUUCUUACUGCCACGCAGUGGACCAGACAGUACGCACAGCCCUGA